UGAUGAUGAAGCUUUUCUCUCUGCACUGACUCACAUCUGACUGAGAGGAUGUCUCAGUACACUCUGGGAGUCCACCUGCAGAUUCUGCUGGCUGUGGGUCUGGCUGUGUUCUGCUAUGGCCUGGUUCUUGGCUGCAUCAUUUGCUGUCGCAGGAARAAGGGGAUGUCUCCGAAGGACAAGGAGGCCGUGUUUUUGUCUCCUCCAUCAGCUGAGAGCGUGACUCUGACCUUGACUCACUUUCCGUGUGUUCAGCCUGUCAAACAGCAGUACGAGGAGYUGGACGGAGACGUGUUAGAGUUCCCCUCCUGUAGAAGCGGCUCGUUUCCCUCUGACAAUGACCUCACCGCUCUUCCCUUUGACACCAGCCCUGAAGGGCCGGCCGAGCUCAAGCAGUCCCCCAGGUCCUCUUUCCCAAUGCGUCGCCUCAGCAGCCCUGCUCUUCCUUGCUCGCCCAGUAAAGCUGCAGCUCACGGCAGACCCUCCCUGCCUUCCCUUACCAAGCUAGGUUUCAUGUCCAAAUCCCGCCAGGCGAUGGGUCGACGCAGCACUGUGAGUGGGGCGAGUUUAGUUCACGGUGAAAGCAGUCCUCUGACGCAGCAGRGAGACCCCUGUCUGUCCCAGUAUGGCUCCAACUGCCCCUCUGUCUCCUCCAAGCCACCCCCUGUCCUGCACUUCUCCCUGCUCUUCAGCUCUGCCUCUGGCACCCUGGCGGUCAACAUCCUGGGGCUCUCCGGAGAUGGGCGGAGACGCGGUGGGGUGUUUGUUCGGGCCAGCCUCCCACCCCUUCACCCCUCCCCGCAGCAGAGACCUCCGAGGCGGCGCAGCCUCAGUCCAGACCUCCAGAGUCAGAGCUUUGUGCUGCAGGUGGGCUCUGUGGAGSUGCUGCACACCUGUACCCUGAGACUGGCUGUCUACAGCAGGGACUUCUCCGGGCUGAGGGAGGCUGCUCUGGGGGAGCUGGAGCUCCCCUGUGAGCAGAUGGUGUGGACGCCUGACACCAUUUCUUUGGAGAUGUUGGGUCGCAGGAAGAGCUCAGUCUGUGUGCCCCGAAAUCUGGGACAACUCUUGGUCCUGCUGCAGUACCAGGUUCUGUCCCAGAGGAUCAAAGUGAUGGUCCGGAAGGCCGAGAACCUGGCCAAGCUCACACGGAUCCCAGGAAGUCCAGACCAUUAUAUUGUCAUCAACCUGCGCCAUGAUGGAAAAAUAAUAGAGACAAAGGAAACCAAAGGGUCCAGCGGUCCCAACCCCAUCUGGAACGCUCCCUUCCUGUUUGACCUGCCGCCCGGUGACAUCACCGAGCUGCAGCUGGCUCUCGAGUUCAUCGUCAUGCAGGGCCGUCUCUACACUAAAAGCAGCGUUCUGGGUCGCGUGCUGGUCGGCAGCGAUGCCUCAGGGGCCGGACAGGACCAUUGGAGGGAAAUGUGCUGUCCGGGACAAACAGAGACCACUCAGUGGCACACCGUCCUGUUUGAACCUAUUUAGUAACAGGUGGUCCGUGUGUCUACAGAUCUGUAGCAGUGGAAACACUGGUCACUGUGUGGAGGGAAUGAUUCAUAUCAGCAGUUUCUCUCACCUGGUUUUGGAUUAUUUCAAAUGUGAUUCCUAAACUAUUGUCUGUAAAAGUCUGGAAAACUUGUGUGAAACAGUUGAAGUUGUGGUACUCUUUGUUUUGUGGCAAGAAGCUUAAAUUAUUCAUGUUGGCUGGAAAAAAAAUGCCUCCAGCCUGAAUGAUCCAAUCUAGACAUAAUUUGAUCCACUUAUAGAUAAUCAAUAUGUUACUGCUCUGUCCGUCAUUAACUGGAAUGUGUUCCUGUGCCAGUUUUUGUUUAUUAAACUAUUUUGAUGUAAUUAUGUGUAACGCUUUGCAAGAGCCUGUUAGUGCAGUUUUUACAGCAUGCUGACUAAAUUAUUUGUUCCUUUUUUUGUUCUGUCCUUUUUUCAUCUUACAGUAAAUUCACAAUCACUGUCUGAGGGUUUAAAGCUGAUGCGUUGCAGUUAGACAACUGAUUCAUGUGCAAAAGGGUGAAUGAGAAAUACAUUGUAAAGCACUUUAUAAUCCGUAUAACAAAGUUUAGAGACAAAGAAACAAUAUAACUGUGUUCAACAUUUCCCAUCUCUAAUAAAGGCAUCACCCCAUGUUUUUAUUCAGUCACAUGAUAAGAUGGAGAAAUAUGACUUUUAUAUGCCUGCGUCUUAUUUAUUUAUUUAUUUAUUUAUUUAGUUAUUAGAACCUUUUAGACUCUGACAAAUACAGCUGAACAACAU